GUGCCUGCGGCUGGAAGAUGGCGCCCUCGGGCCCGGGCAGCGCGAGGCGGCGGUGCCGGCGGGUGCUCUACUGGAUCCCCGUGGUGUUCAUCGGCCUCCUGCUGGGCUGGUCCUACUACGCCUACGCUGUCCAGCUGUGCAUAGUGUCCAUGGAAAACAUUGGUGAACAAGUUGUGUGCCUCAUGGCUUAUCAUCUACUUUUUGCAAUGUUUGUCUGGUCAUACUGGAAAACUAUUUUUACAUUGCCCAUGAAUCCUUCAAAAGAAUUCCAUCUUUCAUAUGCAGAUAAAGAAUUAUUGGAAAGAGAGCCAAGAGGAGAAGCCCAUCAGGAAGUUCUUAGGCGAGCAGCCAAAGAUCUUCCCAUCUAUACCAGGACAAUGUCCGGAGCCAUCCGAUAUUGUGACAGAUGCCAACUUAUAAAGCCAGAUCGCUGCCAUCACUGUUCCGUCUGUGAUAAAUGUGUUUUGAAGAUGGAUCACCAUUGCCCAUGGGUGAACAAUUGCGUUGGAUUUUCAAAUUACAAAUUCUUCCUCCUUUUCUUGGCUUAUUCUCUACUGUACUGCCUUUUUAUUGCUGCCACAGACUUACAGUAUUUUAUCCGAUUUUGGACAAAUGGCCUACCUGAUACUCAAGCCAAGUUCCAUAUCAUGUUUUUAUUCUUUGCCGCAGCUAUGUUUUCUGUCAGCUUGUCUUCUCUGUUUGGUUAUCAUUGUUGGCUAGUCAGCAAAAAUAAGUCUACAUUAGAGGCAUUCAGAAGUCCAGUAUUUCGACAUGGAACAGAUAAGAAUGGAUUCAGCUUGGGUUUCAGUAAAAACAUGCGACAAGUUUUUGGUGAUGAGAAGAAGUACUGGUUGUUACCUAUUUUCUCAAGUCUAGGUGAUGGCUGCUCCUUUCCAACUUGCCUUGUCAACCAGGAUGUCGAACAAUCACCUACUCCUGCAGGACUGAAUUCAGCAGCUAAAAAUCAUGAAAACCAUCCAUUUCCUGCAAAGCCUUUGAGAGAGUCCCAGAGCCAUCUUCUCACCGAUUCUCAGUCUUGGACAGAUAAUAGCACAAACCUGGGAAAAGGCAAAGCUGGUAUGGCCAAUCCUGCAUUAACUAUGGAGAAUGAGACUUAACUCUUCAAGCAAAAUAAAUGUACACUGUUAUAAAGUGUCAAAUUCUGUAUAAUGGUGGAAGAGUCUUCCCACAAGAAAGGACCAAAUGUCCCUAUGUGCAGAUAUUGUUUUCUUCAGUGCUGGGAAUGAAACCCAGGCCAAGCACUCUACCUCGGGCCAUGUCCUCAGCUAUGGGAAUGAAGGUUGUUAAGGAGUUCUCACCAAGCUCAUACAUAAAGCAGAGCACUUCUUUGAUCCUAUAUACAAAUUGUUGUAGAAAACACCAAUUCCUAUUAAUUAUUAAGAGCAAUGAUGGCUUAGGAAUUAAAGGGGAACAAUCUUCUACCCAAAAUAAGAAUAAAUUCAUGAACAGUUUUCACCCCAAAACUUAGAUUGUACAAAAUAUUAUAAUAAUUCCAUUAACAAAUUGAUAUUGAUUCAGAAAAACAUUAAAAAUUAAAAAUUAAAAAGAUAUCAAUUCACAUAUUUGUGAAAAUUAUGGAUAGUCUUCAAGAAGGAAAAGGUAAAAAUAUGGAGUUUCUUAGUGUUCCUUCUGGUGUAAACCUGGGUUUAGAUUGAGAGAAUAGUACUAUGGAUAGGGCAAAUGACCCACCAUUGAAAAUCAUCAUUCAUUUUUGCCAGGCUUUCCUUCUAUUUCUAGCCUGUGUCCCAUACUAGAUAAUAAGAAUGAACAUUGAAGCUUGAGCUUGGUUGACUUGAAAAUUUUUGUUAGAACUAAUACAAUAGUUUGACAAAAUAUACUGGAAAUAUAUUUUUUAUCUCCUCUAAUUUUAAAUUGUGAAGAAUUUAUGCUAAUAAUUAUGGAGAUGGGUUGAUGUCUUUCUAUUGUUGGCUUGGCUUUUGUAAAAUAUUUUUAGAUUAUUUCUCCUAUUGAAUAUGGUGAAAAUAUUGCUUAAGGAUUCCUGAUAGAACAAUGGAUUUUUCCUCUAAUGGUAGCUAGCUCUAUUAUUUCUAUGUCCUCUCAUCAAAAGUAUGAUAGCUAACUUAUAUUUUUUUCUCACAAACUGAUUAAAUUAUGCAAAUAAUUUAAAAAGUCAUAUGCUUUUAGAAAUUUAGUUCACUAAGAACUAAGUGGUGUGAUGUUUGGAAAUUUAGUUUAAGCUAAACUAAAAUGAUGUGUCUGUCCAUGCCAAAUGUUUGUCUUCAGUAUUUCGAAGCUCUUGUGCCUUGUAUGCGCUAGUUUAAAAAAAAAAAAAAAAAGUAUCUUUAAAAAAAAUACAUCU